AUGAACGUUUACUCUCCCAACAUACCGAUGUGCGAUGUCUGUGGUGUGCCCGUCAAUCCGGAAAACAUGGCUACACACGUGGCUGGAAGAGCACACGCAUGGAAGUUCUUGCUCAGUGGUGGGAGCACCGUCUGCAGUAGCGAGACGACUGACAGUCCUCAGGUGGCUACCAGCGUUUUCCGCAUCGAACGCUCCUUCUCCUCUGUCUUCAACAGUGUGCCUCGACUGACCACAGAAAAAGGCGUGCGUACAUAA